CAAGGAGCGAGAGAAGAUUGAGAAUGAGAUGACCUAUAACAAGGUCAAACUGAACGAGUUUAACUUCCUAGAAACCAGAAUAAGGAGAAGGUUGAUAGGAGGAACAAGCUGAUUGAAGAGGCUUUGGUGCUAGCAGAAAUGGAAACAAAGGAAAUAAAAUCCGAAGAAGAGGCUGACAAAGCCAUCAAAGAGUUACAACAGAAGGUGAAAGAACUGAACAAGGAUCUGACCACUACCCAAUCCCAGGCUGACGAUGAGGCGAACAAGCUGCAGUCUUACGUCAACGCUUGUAGAGAUGCUUUGUCGCGACACAACGAGAAGAUAUCAAACAAGGAGCUAGACAUUGAAACGGCCAAGAAACACAUUCUAAAGAAGGAUAACGAGAUAAACGAUGCGAACGUGUCCCGCUCCCGGCUCGAAGAGAUCGAAACCAAGUUGAAGGCUGCUGAGGAGGAACAUCAGGCUGCCAUAGAUGAAAUAAACACUGAAGAGCUACAGAAGGAAAUGAAUGAAGACGAGAAAUUGAUUGAGCAAAAUGAAAAAGAGCUGGAAGAGUUGAACCAAAAGGUGACCAAACUCCAAAAGCAAAGCGCCAAAACCGCCGAACGGGACACCAUAGACCGCUCCAUCAAGGACAAAGAAGAACAACUCUCCAAGCUCCUAAAAAAGCACAGUGCGACCAUCACAGAACUGCUGGGCUCCUUGCCUGAGGAGAACUUUGCAGUAGCAGUGAACAAGGUGGAAGCGGAGUGGAGGGCCGAGGUGAAAACCAGCAAGCAAAAGCUCAAGGAGAAACAGAAGGAGCUGACCAGCCUGGAAGCGGAACGCAAGACAGUAGGCGAGAUGCUCUCAGAAAAGCGAGCAGAGAUCGUCAAAUCCGACGCCAAAAUCAAGAAGGCUUGCGGCAACCAGACCUACGAGGAAGCUCUUAAGGAAGUCACUAGUCUAGUCGAAGAGUUACAGGAAAAACAAGCUGUUCUACAAGCGUCUACUGUCGUCAUCGAUAAAUACAAGAGCUUGCUCAAAGACACCAGUUGCUGCCCGCUGUGCAACCGAGGGUUCAGCUCUGACCACGAGGUGACAGACCUCAUAUCAUCCCUCGGAAAGCAGGUCUUAAACGUUCCUGCUGAACUGGAGAAAGUUACAGAAGAGCUCCAACGCUCUUCAGCCAAGAAGGACGACUUACUCGCUCUGAAGUCCGUCAACGGGAAGAUCUCCGGCUUGAGAGAGAAGGAGAAGGAUAUAGAGACAAGGCUAGAGGGACUGGAUGAGAGAAUCAAAGCCCUCAAAACGACAAUUGAAGAGUUCACAACAACGCUAAAAGAGCCCGAGCAGAAACUGCAAUCCCUCAAGCAGAUAUCAGGGGACAUGCCUCUCUUGGACCGUUACAAAACUGAGAUCGCCAUAUCUACUAAGAAACUAGAAGACCUUCGCUCCCAAUGCGACAACGGCAUAGACACAGACAUGACCCUCGAGGAAGCCACUUCCCGCCAGCGCGACCUUCGCCAUGAGACCAGCACACUCCGCACUCGCGUCCGCACCAGCCAGAAGAAACUCAACGCUCAUGUCCGGAAACUGCAGACGAAAGCUGAUGCUAAGAGUAAGCUGAAGGAGAAGAUGCUCAAUAUACAGAAGAAGGUCCAAGGAAUUUGCACCCUGCAAGAGGCCGUCAAACAACUAGAGGUAGACAAAGACCGAUACAAUGAAGAACUGAAGGAGUUGCAGGCAGCCACAGAGGGCUUCAAGAAGGACUUGAAAGACAAGGAGGACGCCAAAACUGAAGCCGCCAAAAAGAACAGAUUAAUAAUAGAAUCCAAACGCAACUACAUCGCCAAAGUGAUAAAAGCAGUGGACAGAAUCAAGACAGUGCUAUCUGAGCUCCGGCAGCACGAAGAAAAGAAGAUCCCUCUGCAGAUGAAGAUGUUCAAUGAGCUCAACGAUAAGCUCUCGGAGAAGAGGAAACAGAUUCUUAUUGAUGAGAGCGUGCUGGGGAAGAGGAGGCAUAUCUUGAGGGAUGAGAUUGCUAAGCAAGAGCUCAACCAACGAGACUUGGCCGACAACCUGAAGCUUCGGGGCAUCCAGACAGAGAUAGAAAACUGCGAGAAAGAGAUCUCCGAGAUCGCGGAGAAGACCAACGGGUUCAACAUGGACCUGCUCAAGGAAAAGAGCGCGCUCGCCGCCAAGGAGAAACAGAUUACUAAGGAGAAGGAACAGAAUAGAGGGAAAAUGCAGGCGCAUAAAGACAGACUAAAGCAAUGCAAGCAAGACUUACAAAACAUGAUCGACCAAGGCAUAGAAAAGUCGUACAAGGAGAAGCAUUACGAGCUCACGGUCACCAAGGCGAUGAAAAAGGACAUCAAAGACUACUCCAUGGCGCUUGAGAAGUGCUUACUAGAGUUCCAUAAGGAGAAGAUGAAAAAUAUUAACCUUAUUGUAAGAGAAAUGUGGAGGAAGAUCUACAGAGGAAACGACAUCGAUUAUAUCGAGAUCAAGACUGAUGGUGGCUUAACGGAAGACGCCGAUCGGUAUAAAUAUAACUACAGAGUGGUGCAGUGCAAGAAUGGCGUGGAGAUCGACAUGCGCGGGCGCUGCUCGGCGGGACAGAAGCUGCUCGCCUGCCUCAUCAUACGACUCGCGCUGGCGGAGACCUUCAGCACCAGGUUCGGAGUCCUAGCACUAGACGAGCCAACCACAAACCUGGACCAGGAAAACAUAAAAUACCUGUGCAUGGCGCUCAACGAGAUAGUCCAAGAGCGUAUGAGCCAAAAGAACUUCAUGUUCAUCAUAAUCACGCACGACAAGGAGUUUAUCGACUCGCUGGGACACAUCGACCAGGUGUCGCACUACUAUGAGGUGUCCAGAAACGGACAAGGCAAGUCGGAGGUGAAAAAAGUGUGCUUCUCUUAACUUGUAAUCUCAAUUCGAAGACUUGGAAAAUAGUUCGUCACUCUUGCUGUUUUGUGGACUGCAAAAUGUAUGCUACACAUAAUAUGUGUAGAUUAUUCAUGCAAAAGUAUAAAAUUCUCCGUCAAAAACUGAAGAGUGAUAUUAGUGUUGCAGCCCUAAAUGUGUGCGAGUCUUUGGUCGUGUAAGAUCAUAAUUUUGAUUUUUUUUAUUCUUGGACUUCUAAUUUAAAAUUAUAUAUUUGUUCGUAAAGGUUGCUAAGGGCUGUGCCUUUUUUUCUAUAAAAGAGAUAUAUUAGCGAAUCGAUAUUGUUGGUUUGUUUCACUUUCCAUUAUUAUAUGAAUUGAUUUAUAAAAUAUCCUAAUUAAAAUUUAAUUUAAAACACAUUGGGUAUGGAAUCUAUAUCAAUGUGUUUUACCAUAAUUUUUCCUAAAUUGCUAUAUUAAUUUCCUAUUUUUUGACAUUUUAUUUCGAUGAUAGUUGUACGAAUUACCUAUUCUGAUAAUAUUGUGUUAAGUAAUUAGUGCAAUCUGUUUAAAUAUCAAUGUGUGUAAGUGGCAAAAAAGUUUAUACGUAAUGUAACCUCUUGCGUCUCACCAUACGUAACGUUAUUAAAAUAAUACCCAAUAUGUUUUGUUUUAAAUCAAACUCAACAGAACAGUUAACGUGUUACUAGUAUUCUCACUAGGAACGGGUGAGGCGCUAGAAGUUACGCCAAAUUAAAUAUGUUAACCCUUUAUUUGGUCAAUGUAUAUUAGAAUGAACAUAUUUUUUUACCAUUUUUGUAUUUUUUGCUACUCUUUGUAUUGACAAUGCUUGGGAUUACAAUCUUUAUUUCUUGUAUCAAGUAAAGGGUUAGUGUAGUGCUAUAAUUACAAUCAUACAAUUAUAUGUAUGAUUUCUCCGGUAGAUUAAAAUUACUUCAAACAAAAUGUUUGGGGUUAUUUGUUGGCAUCUAACAUAAAUUGCAUUAAAAUACUGUACUUAUAUGUUUACUGAGUCAAAACCUCUUAUGGUAGUAUCAAUACUAUCAAUGAAAACAAAGGCACUCGAUUUUUCUUGGAGUAUGUUCACACAAGUUGGCUAAAUGUCGCAAUAAACAUGUAAAAUCAUUGUGAUCUUACUGAUCUACGAAUGAAAAUUAUCUUUAUUAAAUUUUAGGAUGCCAUCUACUUUAGCUAAAAUAAAACAAGCAAAGAUAUUGCAUAUUGUUGUCAGAAACUGUCUUUUUGUGGCAGUUUUUUGACACUUAUAUAACUCCGGAGACUUUUAAGUCUUAAUUAGAGUCCUAUAUUGAGGGUGCAGAGUAAAAAGAUUCAGGAAUUCGUAUAAAAAGUUCUUUUAAAAAGGAAAAUAAGUAUUGAAUGUUGAGUUGAGUCUUAAAGCUGAGGACUGUAAACGAACUCCAACACUAUGCGAGCAUUAAUAAUAAUGGCCAAAAGUCAAAUAAUUGUUAGCAACUUUAGUGUUUGUAAACUAGAACCGUUAACGUACAGCGUUUGAAGGGUUAAAGUAUUGUAUCGUGUGCUUGAUUGUAAACAUAAAUAGCUAUUGUGUAUGUGAAAACGUACGGCGGGCAUUAACAAUUAUCAAAAAGGGCUCCUAAAUUGUCUCAAAAUGCCUACAGAUGCAUAUAUAUUAUUUGUGAAACAAGCUUGUACAUUUUGUGAAAAAUAAACAUGAAAAACAAAGGAAACA